GGGCGGGCCCGGCCUGACGCAGCGGCGGCGGCGGCGGGGAGCGGCAGCUCGGGGCCGUCAUGGCGAGCCAGUCGCAGGGCAUCCAGCAGCUGCUGCAGGCCGAGAAACGCGCCGCCGAGAAGGUGGCUGAGGCCCGCAAACGGAAGAAUCGGAGGCUGAAGCAGGCAAAAGAAGAAGCCCAGGCCGAGAUCGAGCAGUACCGCCUGCAGAGGGAGAAGGAGUUCAAAGCCAAGGAGGCAGCGGCACUUGGAUCUCAUGGCAGCUGUACCACUGAAGUUGAGAAAGAGACCCAGGAAAAGAUGAGUGUAAUCCAGCAGAACUUCCAGAAGAACCGUGAGGUGGUCCUGUCCCAGCUCUUGUCACUGGUGUGUGACAUCAAACCUGAAAUCCACGUCAAUUAUCGUAUCAACGGGUAGUGGUGGAAGAAGGAAUAAGCACGCUGGGAAUGCUGGUAGUAACAUCUGAGCUUCAGAUGGAAUGUACAGCUCUUAGCCAUACCUUAGCUGUUCUUGUCAAUGUGUUAAGUUUCUCUCAGUGAGUUGUAGGUUGCAAUACCUUGUUGGAUUUCUGUUAGUUUCUCUCUUGACACGGAUUUCAACAUUAAAUGGCCAUGUCUCAAAUCUCUGCUCAGUUAGUAAAUAAUAUAUAUUCCAGCUGACACAUUAAUACUCAUUAUUUAUCUGGAUAGUGUUCAGUGGGAGGCAUUCCUCUGUGAAGUAGAGAGAGAGAUGCUGGCCAGGUUUAAAUGGAGAGCCCAUGUCAGUAAUUGUUAGAGCUGUGUAACUGCAUUCUCAUUGACAAAAAUACAUUUUUGAUGUGCUGUUAACUGUUGUACAGGGAUUAAACCUUAUAAGAAGAAUUCUCUGGCUCUACAGUGCUGGCUGCUAAUUUUCAGGUGCUUGAGUUUCUCAGUAUUGAGUAUCUGUAUAUUCUGCUCUUAGCUUGAGUUACAAGUCUGGCACUAUGACACUUGGAAGUAAAAACACUUCACUCUGAA